AUGGCUAUACCUUACAAAAAUUCCAGGACCUUGUGCUUUUUCUUGAUCCUGAGUUUUGGCCUGUGUCUGGUAAUUACAUCUGCAGAGCUUGAGAGGUUCGAACAUCCCACCAAAGAAGAUGGAUCACUUAGUUUCUUGGUACUUGGUGACUGGGGGAGAAGAGGAGCUUUUAACCAAUCUCAAGUUGCCUUUCAGAUGGGAAAGGUUGGAGAGAAGCUUGACAUAGAUUUUGUGGUUUCGACGGGCGAUAACUUUUAUGAUAAUGGAUUGGCAAGCGAACAUGACACAGCAUUUGAGGAGUCAUUUACCAAAAUCUACACAGCAAAGAGCCUGCAAAAGCAGUGGUACAGCGUGUUGGGCAACCAUGACUACAGGGGUGAUGCAGAGGCUCAACUGAGCCCUCUUCUUAGGAAAAUUGAUAGCAGAUGGAUUUGCUUGAGGUCUUUCAUUGUCAAUGCAGAAUUAGCAGAGAUUUUCUUUGUGGACACCACUCCUCUUGUCAAUAAGUACUUCACAAACACAGAGGACCAUACUUACGAUUGGCGAGGCAUUACCUCUCGCAAGGAUUAUAUUGCAACCUUAUUGAAGGAUGUCGAGUUUGCACUGAAGAAGUCGUCUGCAAAGUGGAAGAUAGUUGUUGGUCACCAUGCAAUUAGAAGUGUUGGGCAUCAUGGUGAUACAGAGGAACUUAUAAAGCAGCUUCUCCCAAUCCUUCAGGCCAAUGAUGUCGAUUUUUACAUGAACGGGCACGAUCAUUGCCUAGAACACAUCAGUGACACAGAAAGCCCAAUACAAUUUCUAACAAGUGGAGCAGGGUCCAAAGCAUGGAGAGGAGACAUUAAGGGGUUAAACAAAGAAGGGCUCAACUUCUUUUAUGAUGGUCAAGGCUUUAUGUCUGUGCAGUUGAAUCCCACGGAUGCAGAGAUCGCUUUUUAUGAUGUUUUUGGCAAGGUUUUACAUAGAUCGCAUUCUUCCAAGCAGCUUCACCCAUCUAUAUAA